AUGCUCGCGAUAUCUGCUCAUCACCGUGUCACUGCCGAAGUUAGCGAAAGCAAAUGCUACAAUGAGAGACCCCGAUCUAAUUCAGUAGUUACAUUCAUUAUAGUGUCGGCUAUAGUCUUUGAGGACAUUAACGGAACACGUAUUUGGUUUCUUAGGACUGCUGGCAUAAGGGAAAAGAUUGAUCAAAUUCACUGGACGGUUAGAAAAAGAACGUUAACUGCUAAAGAACUUGAAGAAAUUGUGCGGAAAAUAAAUGAGUAUGGGUUGACUGACGAUUCGGUUGUUGUAGAACCUUUUCAAGACUCCGGUUCCGAGUAUAAGUCAGAAUCGGAUAUUUAAUCUGAAAGUGAUCUGGAGCUUCCUGCCCGUCGAACUACACGUAAACGCAAAAGGAACAACCAACAGAAAGCUAAAAAUGAUUUGCCUGAUGACGAAAUUCUUAACGUAGAGCCUAAUUUAGCGUCAGAUCUUGAGGAGAUUGAGAUAGGCCUAACCCUACAUACAGUAAGAAGAAUAUUCACUGGAGCACUAGUGGAUCUUCAUUUAUUCCUUUAAAGAGUGUACCUACCGCGCAUGUUAUACGUAUAUUACAUGCAGAUAUUACUCAUAAAUCA